UAUUCCUUAUUAUACAUAAACGGGGAGUUUGGUAUAAUAUUUGGCAACCCCGUCCUCAGUCCCUAACAAUGUCUCUUCCGCCUUAAACUGUCGCUAAUGUUUUCGAAGGAUUGUAGAAUGAGCAAGGGACAUGGAGCAAAACAAAGACUGCCGCCAGACAUGCCAGACAUUCUGGAGUCUUUUGAUGAAGUGAUUUUGGAAGAGGUGAAACAGCUUUUUAUGAAGGUGAGACGGUACAGUGCCCCCCCCGGAGAUGGAUGGUGCUUACCCGACCCCAACGUGGCGCUCUGUGACCGGCCGUGGAGUCAUCCGCCUCUGCAGGCUCUGAAAAACUCCCUAAACGAGGUGAAAAAUCAGCUCAGUGACAAGGACUUGCCGGUGUGGCACCAGCACACCUGCUCCACCAACCGAGCCGGGACCGUUACGUCACACCUCCGCGAGACUGCCAACGCAGAACUUUGCACUCAAGCCUGGGCAAAGUUCUACGAAAUUCAAGGAACGUUCGGCCUCCUGUCAGACACGGCACUGCAAAACGGCGAGCCAAACUCGGUACAUCUGUGUGAAGCUCCCGGGGCGUUUAUCUCUGCGCUUAAUCACUUCCUCCAGACCAGCAGGCUGCACUGUGACUGGACCUGGGCCGCUAACACGCUGAAUCCGUAUCAUGAGGCGAACGGACGGAGUUGCACCAUCGCAGACGACAGGCUCAUCGCUCAUACUCUCCCUUGGUGGUUUUUUGGCUCGGACAACACCGGUGACAUCAUGGUUCAGAAGCAUCUGCUGGAGCUGCAGAAGUUUGUCAGUAACAUGCACAAUGUGGAUUUGGUGACCGCGGACGGAAGCUUUGACUGUCAGGGCGACCCGGGAGAGCAGGAGAGUUUAGUGGCUCCGCUGCAGUACUGUGAGACGGUAUGCGCUCUACUCUUACUUUCCCCUGGAGGCUCGUUCGUCCUGAAGAUGUUCACACUUUUUGAGCAUUCGUCCAUUUGCCUGCUUUACCUCCUCGUGUGCUGCUUUCACUCGGUUCACGUGUUCAAACCCGCCACUAGUAAAUCCGGAAACUCGGAGGUCUAUGUUGUGUGUUUGGACUUUAAAUCUAAAACUGACAUCCGGCCACUGCUCUCGAAGCUCAUCCGUAACUACGGUCCGGAUAUGGUUUCCACGGUGGCGCUCUUUCCAAAACGCUGCAUUCCCAAAUCUUUCCUCAGGCAGCAUGCAGACAUCUGUGCGUUUUUUCACCAGCUGCAGAUCAACACCAUCCAGGAGAACCUGCGGCUCUUUACCAGUAUGACUUCAGAACAGCGGAGGCAUCUGGAUCAGCUGCGAGAAUGUGCUGCACAGUUCUACGUUCAACGUUUUCAGGUGCAGUUCUUACCACGCAAGCGAUGGGUGUGCCGGGGUGGAUCGAUGGCAUGGACAAAACCGUGCCCGAGGAAGCAACUGGGAUCUUUUAACCAGCGUAAGGAGCUACAAGGUAAAGACUGGAGGCAGCGUCUUGUGCACGGACCCUACCGAGCGUGGAUAGAGGAACAUUUUCAGGAAGAGGAAGGACAUCAUGAAGUGCUCAGCGGUCCUGUGGUGGCCGAGUGUGACCUACACGCGUGGUUCAGUCAAACGGGUGCAAGACUACCGAAAGUAUGCAGCUCUGCUUUCUGUGAUCCGGAAUUAUUGGAUCUGCUCAAUGAAGCCCUAGAGGAACAGCCUUUGGAUAAAACCACACCAGCAUGCAAAUCUUGCUCCUCCAGGACGUCAAUAUUAAAUGAAAUCUGCAGCCAAACGGACGUAGUGAUGGUAGGGAACCCGUCAUGGCAGGAUGCGCCUCUGACAGAAGACAAGCUGCGGUUCUGCGCAGGCCCUUCCUACUCAGACUCCUGCGUUUCCACUUUGCACGACGGAGAUCCUGUUUAUCAGCACCAGCUUCUGAGGAGCGUGUUCUCCGCUCUGUCCGGACUCCCUGCAGGAUCGGUGCUGGUGGUGCCCCUGCGCUCAGCCUUGACUCGUUUCACGGCGUCUCUGGUCCUCGCGCUACAGUUCUGCUUCCGGUCGAUCGGUUUCCGGCUCCCUGCCUGCGGUCCACCGGUCCUCCUGCUGUGUGAGGGAUUCUCCUCCGUCCCUCAGAUCAACACCAUUCUCCAGGAGGUCCUGGACUUAAUGGAAACACUAGAAUCGCACAAGCAACUCCAGCAGUUUGCUCCGAUGGAACAGCUCAUCGGAGGCUCGCUGCCCCACUUUCUAUUGAACCUCAACAACACUGUUCUGAGGCAGCAGCUCCAUUUGCUCUUGUCAUUCCAGAGGAGAUGAUGACGCCCCCAUCGCUGUUCCACUGAGGCUCGGCACAGCGCUGACGGGUUCACACACAUCCGCCAUGGUUUUCUUUCGUCUUUUACACUUAAUUUGAGUUACCGGGUGUGAUAAUGUAUAAGGACUGUUUGGUGAUGUUAUUAUUUAUGGAAACGAUUCUGAGCUGUCCAGGGUUAUGUUUUAGGAUUAUUUAUAUGUAAUCUGUCUUAGUAAAGCUCUAAAGUACUUGAACUGCUACUUAGAUUUGCCUUUUGGCCAAUGGCCUUUGUUUAUUAAAAGUAGUUUAUUUUUGGACAUAUGAUAUUUUUUUAAUGUCACUUACUGAGUCACUACCCUGUUUUUGAAAACACCAAAUAUGUAAAUAAACAGUAUCGAUGUUU